AUGAGAAUGCCCAGAAGAGGCUUAGUAAUUCAAGCCAGGACUCGCUGGCUAUUAGUGGGCCUUGCUUUACUAUUUAGUCUGGUCUUGCUCAUGUAUUUGCUCGAGUGUGCUCCACAAUCAGAUGGUAAUGGAUCUCUGCCUGGUGUUGUAGGUGAAAACAUGGGUAAAGAAUAUUACCAAGCUCUCUUGCAGGAACAAGAAGAGCAUUAUCAAAAUCGAGCUACUAGUCUGAAACGUCAGAUUGCCCAGUUAAAGCAAGAGCUUCAGGAAAUGAGUGAUAAAUUGAAAUCCCUACAAGAAAAAAAGACCCCCAGGGUCAAUGGCAUGAACUACCAGGGCACCAAAGAACAAGCAUCCAAUGAUCUCCUAGAAUUUCUUCAUUCCCAGAUUGACAAAGCUGAGGUGAGCAUGGGGGCCAAACUGCCUAGUGAAUAUGGUGUCAUUCCAUUUGAAAGCUUUACAUCCAUGAAAGUAUUCCAGUUGGAGAUGGGACUCACUCGGCAUCCAGAAGAGAAACCUGUUAGAAAGGAUAAAAGAGACGAAUUGGUGGAAGUGAUUGAGGCUGGCCUAGAAGUUAUCAAUAAUCCAGAUGAAGAAGAUGGACAAGAUGAAGAUGAUGGAAUAGGAGAGAGGCAUCUGUAUAGUGAAAAUGAUUUCAUAGAAGGUUACUAUCGUACAGAAAGAGAUAAGGGGACACAGUAUGAGCUGUUUUAUAAGAAGAUGGAUGGCAUGGAAUACAGACAUGUCACCUUGUUCCGACCUUUUGGACCCCUCAUGAAAGUGAAGAGUGAAACGGUCGAUAUUUCUAGAUCAAUCAUUAACAUAAUUGUCCCUCUUGCUGGAAGAACUGAGGCAUUUGCACAAUUUAUGCAAAACUUUAGGGAUGUAUGUAUUCAUCAGGAUAAGCGUGUUCACCUGACAGUGGUGUAUUUUGGACAAAAUGGACUAUCUGAAGUAAGAAGCAUCGUAGAAUCCGUGGCUAGGGAAACUAACUUCCACAAUUACACAAUCAUCUCUCUGAACGAAGAGUUUAACCGAGGACGGGGACUUGACAUGGGUGCCAGAGCCUGGGAAAAAGGCGAGGUGCUGAUGUUCUUCUGUGAUGUUGAUGUUUAUUUCACAGCUGAGUUCCUCAACAGUUGUCGCUUGAACGCUGAGCCCGGGAAAAAGGUUUUUUAUCCUGUGGUAUUCAGCCUUUAUAAUCCUGCUAUUGUCUAUGCCAACCAAGAAAUGCCACCCCCUGUGGAGCAACAAUUGGUGCACAAGAAGGAUUCUGGUUUCUGGCGGGAUUUUGGCUUUGGGAUGACUUGUCAAUAUCGGACAGACUUCCUGACUGUUGGAGGUUUUGACUUGGAAGUGAAAGGCUGGGGUGUUGAGGAUGUUCACCUUUACAGAAAGUACUUGCACGGUGACCUUAUUGUGAUCAGGACACCAGUCCCUGGCCUCUUUCACCUUUGGCACGAGAAACACUGUGCAGAUGAACUCACUCCAGAGCAGUAUCGCAUGUGUAUCCAGUCCAAAGCCAUGAACGAGGCCUCUCACUCGCACCUUGGAAUGCUGGUCUUCAGGGAGGAGAUUGAGACUCAUCUCCGUAAGCAGGCUUACAGGACUAACAGCGAAGCAGUGGGUUAA